GUGCUGGGAUAUUCACUAACACUUCUGGAUUGCAUAAAUUUGCAGAUGUAAUUCAGACUGUUUUUAACUUCGGUCCAUCAGAAGGGACAUCUGGCGUAGCAGCAGGCCAUGUGGUAUCCAAAUUCUAUAAGGUCCACAUCCAUCCUGAUGGAAAUAAUCAAAAAAAGAAGCAGAGGACAGACUUGUGGAACUCACUGUCAACUAAAAAACAAGGAAAGGUCUUGAGCUACUGGUGCUUUAGCCCUGGAUACAGCAUGCAUGAGUUGGUUCGUCAGGGAGUCCGCACAAUCCUUCUGACAAGUGGGACCCUUUCCCCAGUUUCCUCUUUUGCUAUGGAGAUGCAGAU